AUGGACUCUGCGAGUCGGCCUGCUUUUGAAGGGCUUCCCACGGCGAUUCCCAACGAUACCAACUUCCAAAAUACCCCAACUUCAGCCACUUUGGCCCAGCCUAACACCCAAGACGUAAUGGACAUCAUUCCUGACGUGCCGCGUCCGACAUAUCAUCAAGAAGUCCCUACGGUCGCGAGUCUGUCUGGGGCUCCAAACACCUUCUUAGCCAAUGCUGCCUCAAACCAAACAGAUUCUUUCACUCCACAGCAAACACCACCGAGAACCUACUUCUCAUACUUGAGCAAUGGCGUCAUAACAAUGCCCCGUUACACGCCGAACCAGUACUACGGGGAGCCGAGCAAUAUCGGUCAUCAACUGGAUUAUAUUCCUGGUGGAGAUCGAGGUCGCUCAUUCGCGUACCCUCAUACACGAACUCUCUCACUUCCACAGAAUCAGCACAGCGGCCUUCCUGCCUACCCCCAGCGAGACCCGCGUUCAAGCAACACCCGACCAGCAAUGUCCAUGACGACCACGCCGGAAUCAGUAUCUGCCAUCUCACCGAACGACGCGUCACCGAACAACGCCAAUUCGACAUCAUCCACUGCAGUGGUUCCGCCAACACUUCGACCUCGAGGUUACGUGCCCCCAUCAGCGAGGACCCAGCAAGGAACACAGCACCCAGCCCAUACUGCUGCUUCUCCAGGGUCAACGUCGUCAAGUUAUCAUCAGCAGUCGCAAGCUCAACAACAUUCGCAUGCAUCUGGUCCAUUCUCUCAUAUGCCGCCCUAUCUUGAAGAACAAGACAAUGGCGCCUAUAGUGCCCCACUAGCUACAACGCCUGCCCAGUCAUCGUCGGCCAACUUUGUAGCAACUGGCACGCCGUCUUCACGCUCGAUGAAUGCGGGAACCCCCAGAUAUGGGCGUCCUCUUCCGCAACGGCUAGAGCUUGCUCGGCGAGCACAUUUCCACGCCCAUCCACACAACCAGCAGGCUGCGCAGGCCAUCGUGGAGGCUCAUAUGCAGCUGCAGCGCCAGCGCUUGCUCCGUCAGCGCCAGGGGCUCGGUACCAACCCCACGAAGCCAGCCGCAAGUCUUGAUAAUGCGAAAGACGGCCGCUCCGAACCAAAAGAGGCGCACGAAAUGCGAGUAUCACUCGAAUGCAAAGUUUGCUUCACCCAACUCGUUGAUACGGUACUGCUUCCUUGUGGCCAUGCUGUCCUCUGUCGAUGGUGCGCCGAGAUCCAGAUUCCAAGCAGCGUCCUGGAACGAGGCGUGCUUGGGGGUCAGCCCCCGUGUGUGAUAUGCCGAGCGCCUAUGCGGAUCUUCCUUUCUUGA